AUGGGGGACAAAGGAGGGAAGUUCGGCGGGCUUUUUAAAAAAUCCCCCAAGCCCUUUGGAGCAAGGACCCAGUCUCAGGAUGACCUCUCCGCACCCAUCGAGCUCUCAGCCAGCAGUGACAGUCUUUCUGAAAGUCACAACACUAAGGAGAAAGGAGGAAUGCUGAGUGGAAUAUUCCGAAAACCCAAGACCUUAGGAGCCAGGUCUCAGUCUCAGGAUGACCUGUCUGUAGACGGUGAACUGUCUGACAGCUGUGAUAAUCUGUCUGAGAAGACCUCAAGGGAUAAGGAGAAGUCUGAACACUCGGAUUCAAAUGAAAAGCUCAUCUCUGCAGAGAAGCCCAAAGCCAAGCAGGAGAAGGAUUCUGAGUGUGGCGGUGAGGAGAUGUUAGAUAAUGCUGAGAGCCAGUCCACUCAUAAACAGAAUAAGCUGACUGAGGCCAUGACAAAGCUGAAUCCGUUUCGCUCUGCAAACAAAUAUGAGAAGCACACAGGCUCAGACGACGAGGAGCCACUCGCCAGAGGUGACAAGCCAUCAGGCCACAAACAGAGUGCCGUGGCUGGAGCCAUGUCCAAGCUGAAUCCCUUCCGCUCCGCUAACAAAAAGGAUUCUGAAGAGACAGAGGCGGUGAAGGAGAAUGAGAAACAAGAGGAGGAGGGGCCAAAAGCGGUUAAAAGCAACCCAAUCCAGAGAGAGAGAAAGGCGAAAGGUGAAACUCCACCAGUCCCGUCCAGACCGACAGAAGAGGAGCUCAAGCGGACAGCCUCAUACGACAGACUGAAACAACGAGAAACUCAGAACAUCCAGGCGAACAAGAACAUGAUCCCCAGGGGUAGGAAUGAAAGAGCUGCUGAACCUCUGCAGGUUCCUGCCAGGCCUACAGAGGAGGAACUGAAAGGAGCAAAGAGGCCUGCCCCACAAAGGCAGAAGAAUGACAACCAGAGCCAGUCAGAUGACGAAGGUCUGAAGGAGGCACAACCUCUCCCUGCUGAAGCCGGAAAGAGCAAGGAGGUCAACCCAACGGAGAGUAAAGUAGGGAUUCCAUAA